GGCAGCAGUCAUGUCUUAAAGCCCGCACUCCAAGUCGAGCAGAAUGAGUCGCGGAUGGGUGUUCUACGGAUGGAUUGUGCUAGUGGUCCUCUGGCCUGGUGCCGUCAGCGGUCAGGGGACGCCGCUGAUAGACUCCGUGUGCCAGGCGGUGCAGCGCCAGCAGCGGCAGUGCCAAGUGCACCGCGUGGAGACCGCCGAUGGAUACCGGCUGAGUGUGCACCGCAUUCCCGCGCCCCAGAAUCGUCGGUGUCCGCAGCAUCUGCGCCCCUUCCUCCUGAUGCACGGCCUCCUGGGAUCCGCUGGGGAUUUCGUGUCGGCCGGCAGGGGCAGAUCCCUGGCACUGGAGCUGCAUGCGCGCUGCUAUGACGUGUGGCUGGGAAACGCCAGGGGCACCACCCAUUCCCGCGGGCAUCGCACGCUGCAGACAAGUGACGCCCGCUUCUGGCAGUUCAGCUGGCACGAGAUUGGCAUCUACGACCUGCCCGCCAUCGUGGACUACGUGCUGGCGCGAACGAACCGCCGCCAGCUGCACUACGUCGGCCACUCGCAGGGCACCACCGUGCUCCUGGUGCUGCUCUCCCAGCGGCCGGAGUACAAUGCGCGCUUCGCCAACGCCGCCCUGCUGGCCCCAGUGGCAUUCCUCCAGCACCUGAGCAGUCCGCCGCUGCGGCUGCUGGCCAGCGACAGCUCCAUGGCCACGCUGCUGCUGAACAAACUUGGCCUCCACGAGCUGCUCCCGGCGUCGGCGCUGACCCAGGUGGGCGGCCAGUUCUUCUGCACCGCCUCCCGGCCCACCUACGCCCUCUGCACCCUCUUCACCUCCCUCUACGUGGGCUUCAGCGACUAUCCAUUGGAUCGUAACAUCUUGCCACGCAUCCUGGAGACGACGCCGGCGGGCAUCUCGCGGGGCCAGCUGCAGCACUUCGGGCAGCUCAUCAAUAGCGGCAAAUUCCAGCAGUACGACUACCGCUCCCCCCGGCUGAAUACGCAGCGAUAUGGCCAGGCCACGCCCCCCUCCUACCAGCUGGCCAAUGUGCGCCUGCAGCUGCAGAUCUUCCACGGCAGCAGGGACGCGCUGUCCAGCCUGGCGGAUGUGCAGCGCCUGGUCAGAGAGCUGCGGAACAGCGUCACGCAGAUGUAUCAGGUGCCGGGCUAUAAUCACAUUGACUUUCUGUUCGCCUCCUCGGCGCCCCUAGUGGUCUUCGAACGCAUUAUUCAACAGGCCUGGCAGCUGGACGUGGCGUUGGCGGCGCUUUAA